CUUUACCCCUCGGCACGGGGACUGGACGUACGUCGAGGUACAAACAACCGCCUAUCGCCAGAGCCGCGCAUUCUCUCCCUCUCCACAUCCCACACCUCAACGACGUCGACUUGUCUUUCUUGCAGCGCCAGCGCACCCGCCUUCAACCUCACCCUCAUCUUCGAUACACCAACUUGGCUCCCCUCAGUAAUAUCCCUGAAGCAACACCACCGUAGCCAUGGCCAACGACGAAUAUGAUUUCCUCUUCAAAGUCGUCCUGAUCGGAGACUCUGGAGUCGGAAAGUCCAACCUUCUCAGUCGAUUCACCCGCAAUGAGUUCAACCUAGACUCAAAGUCGACCAUCGGUGUCGAGUUCGCCACCAGAUCUAUCCAGGUCGACUCAAAGACAAUCAAGGCCCAGAUUUGGGACACAGCUGGCCAAGAGCGAUACCGCGCCAUCACUUCCGCCUACUACCGAGGCGCUGUCGGUGCUCUCCUCGUUUACGACAUUAGCAAGCACCAGACCUACGAAAAUGUCACACGAUGGCUCAAGGAGCUGCGGGACCAUGCCGACGCCAACAUUGUCAUUAUGCUGGUUGGAAACAAGAGCGAUUUGCGACACCUGAGGGCUGUUCCCACCGAAGAGGCCAAGUCUUUUGCCAGCGAGAACCACCUGUCCUUUAUCGAGACGUCUGCCCUCGAUGCCAGCAACGUCGAACUUGCGUUCCAGAACAUUCUGACUGAAAUUUAUCGCAUUGUUUCAAGCAAGGCCCUUGACAGCGGUGACAGCGCUCAGGCCACCAUAGGCGCAGGCACCAAUAUCUCCCUAAGCAAGCCUGCCGACGACGAUGCUACCAAGGGCGGAAAGUGCUGUUAAAUUCCUCGCAGAGCCGUUUGCAGACGGAUAUAGGGCUUUGGGGGUUUGGGAUACCUGGCGUCUCGUUUGUCCCCGAAAAUGCUCCUCGCCAAAGGAGAGUGGAGGAGGCGAGGAAUCGUGAUACGUCUUUUUUUGAUAUCAGAAGGCGCGGUUACUUCGGCUUUCCUUUGUUCUUAUUUUUUGUCAUGAUGGUUGUCUUGGGGUUGAUGCGUCCAACGAUCGCUGCGACACGGUCAUCUUAACGUAGCUGAAUGAAUUCUUUCUAAUGUUCGCCCUCUAAUGAGCUGUGUCUCUGUCCCCCCAAGCCUUCCAUUCUGUAUCACCUCGCUUGUACCGCAUUCGAGCUAAACGCCACAAUCCGUGUACGCCUCCACGUCAUGCUGAUCAGAUCCGACUGGACGUGAACAGGUACUGGUCCUGUGGGUGAUUUCGUAUCGAAUUCAUUUGCUAGUAGCUAGUGCACAGCUCGUUCUCAGGGUCUUCAGGUAGCGGGGCAGUUCAUCAAACUCAUCACACUGAAUGCAACCCCUAGUUAGGUGCCAAUAGAUAUUUACCUGA